AUGAAUCUGCCAGCUCCAGGCACCAAAAUGAGUUAACCAAACCAAGAAACCCUCUUUGAAACUCUCAAAUACUCAAACACAGAUUACUUGGAUCGCCCAAUCCAAUUCGCUCCAGUUAUACGUCUCUUCGGAUAUGAGCCUAAGACCAAAGAACGGAUGUGCGUACAUGUUCAUGGCUAUUUUCCUUACUUUUACAUCAAAGUUGAUGAAUUGAGACAUUUAUUCACAGAUCUUGACUUUGUGAAGGAUUUUAUAAACAAAGUGCAUCAAGUGUAUGCCUCCACCUUCCUUGCUCAUUACCCAAAGAAAUCUCAAGAAAAAUUCAAAAUCAUCUACCAAUAUGAAUUAUGUCAGAAAUUGGAUUUUUAUGGGUUUCAUAUGUAGAAGCAACUCUUUUUAAAAUUGUUCAUGUAUGACAAACAAUACAUGUCCUAAUUGGUUAUGCUAUUAGCAAGUGGAGCCAUCAUGAAUUACAAGUUUUAGUCAUAUGAAUCUCAUCUCACAUACUUCAUGCACUUUUAUAGCGAUGCUAAUUUAUUCGGAAUGAGUCAAAUCAAGAUAUUGAAAUUGAAAUACAGAAAAAGAUUCGAUAAAGAUUUAGAAUCAUUGUUGACAAAACCAAUUCUAUUUAGAGAUUUGCACGCAAGCUAGUAUUCUCAUCUCUACAGGGUUACCACUUGUCCCUUAGAAAUAGAUUGUCACUAUACUUGCAUUCUCAAUGAACGCUACAAGGAUGAGAAGGAUAGGUUGGAAAUCGCUCGGGCAUUCACGCACAACAAAGAAUUUGAAGUAGAAUUAACUCCAUCUCUUAAUAAGCUCUGGUCAGACGAGGAAAUUAAUAGAGCAAGAUUUAAGUUCAAUCAACCAGUCUCUUUUAUCGUGGAUAAAUCAAAAAAUAAAGAAGGGUAGUUGUGGGAACAUUAUCCUUCUGUUAAUGUCUUGAAUAAGCAAUUCAUGAAACAGUAUUUUCAAUUAUACGAGGAUGCUAAGAAGAAUCAUAUCAAAUUUGAUAUUAACUCUUGUAUCAUUAAUCAAAACAUUGCACAAAUGUUCUUUAAUGGCUAAUAGGAUGAAAUGGAGUUGUGUAAGAAAUCCAUCAUCCAAAGAUUCCAAGAGUAUAAAACCAGAAAAAAGGAUCUAUUUGAACUUAUCAAAGAAGAAGGUAACAUUGAUUAUGAAUACGAUUUCGAUGAUAAGUUUAUUGAUCAGUAAGAUCUCUAAUAAGAUAAUGAAGAUGAAGAUCUCGAAGAUGCUGAAAGCAUUAUUAAAUCAUAAGAAGAAAAGAAUGUAUUUGAUAUCAUGAAAGAAAACCAAAAACUUUAAGAUAAAAAUAGAUUUAGAAAGAAAUAUCACGCAAACAAAAAUAAUAUCAAAUUAGGCCAAAUGUUCUAAAUUUGUGAGUUCUGCAACAGUAACUUUCUCAUGUGCAAUUGCAUUGAAAAAAAAUAGAAAAAAUAUUCUCUACUCAUCCCAAAAAGUCAUAAGAGUUAAAUCUAUCAAUACAAAGUAAAGCCACCUUCUCCAAAUGAAGUAUACCUAUAGUUACAUAAGCAAAUGAAAUUAAGUGAACAUUAAUAUGCCUAUUUUGGAGACAUUAAAGACUUGUACAAGCAUUACAAUAUCAAACAUAAACAACUUCCGUAAAAUCAUAUGUAUGCUUUGCUUUUAGAUUAAUAAUGCAUUAAAAUUCCAGAAAAUAGAUUUUAUGCCAUAAGUAUCCAAAAUUCAACUAAGCUACCUUAAUCCUAUAAACUAGACGUAUUUAAAGAAUAAUAAUAUAAUUGCAAUUUAAGACAGUAUCAAUAUUAACAUGAACCUCCUGCUGUUUAAGAGGUUGUUUUAGACAUUAAGAGAAGAUCAGCUAUGAGAAAUGAUCCUUUAGAUUCAAUCAUUGAAACAUCAUAGUAUUUUUAUCCAACUCCAUUAUCAAUUUUAAGUGAAGACGAUAUUACAUUUCAAGAAGAUUUAGUGCUGAUGAUAUUUGAAAUAUUUUCUUAUAAAGAUUCAAAGUUAUUACCGGAUCCAGAAAAAGAUGAAAUUUCUUUUAUUAUCCUACACUCCUACAACGUUAAGAGUUCAAAGAUCAUGAAUAAAAUGCUUAUAAUCCAGAAUGAGGAGAAUUAUUUGAAGGCAGUUAAUGGUUAUUUUGAAAGAAUGAAUGCUCCUGUUGAAUACACUAUAGUAUUGACUUAGAAUGAGAUCAAUCUUAUGAAAGCCUUUACAUUAAUUGUACAUCUCAUUGAUCCUGAUUUCAUAUCAGGAUAUGAUUUAGAAACUAGGAGCCUUUAUUACGUUGCAAAUAGAGCAGAGUUCAUUGGCUAUGACUUCUUGACAGAAAUAAGUAGAGGGUAACCAACUUAUGACAAAUUGAUUGAAAUAUUUGAUAUCGAUGAGAUCUUGUUUAACUUUGGAUAGCCAUAACCUAUCAAUGAGAAAUUAUAAAAAUACAUGGAUUAUCGUAUGUAAAGGCCGACAGCCAGUAAGAAAUAGAGCUUUAAUUAAGAUGCGAAGACGAAAUCAUAUAACUCUAAAGGAAAACUAAACUAAAUUAAUAGUAGAAGGAAGAAGCUCAGGUUUAUAACAUUUGUCGUUGGAAGAGUUUUAAUCAAUGUUUGGAGAAAUGUAGCUACAGACAUCAAAAUUAUAGAUUAUUCCAUAGAGAAUGUUUACUUUUAGAUGUUUAAACAAAAAAAUGCUUUGAUACAUAAUUAAACUCUCUCACAAUGGUUUAAAUCAGAGACAUUCCUUGUUUUCUAAUAUUACGCUAAAAGAAUCAAUAUGACAUUUGAUAUUUUAGAAAUGAUUGGUCUAAUCCCUAGAACUAUUGAAAUAGCCAAACUCUUCGGUUGUGAAUAUGAGUCAGUUGGUUUUAGAGGAAGUUAAUUCAAAAUUGAAUCUAUUCUCAAUAGAGUGACAAAACUAAACGAUUACCUAUUACUGUCAGCAACAAGAGUACAGGUUUCAACUUAGAAAAUCUUAGAGUGUAUGCCUCUAGUGGUUGAGCCUCCUAAAAUAUUUACAGUAGAUCCUUUAAUAGUCCUUGAUUUCCAGUCAUUAUACCCUUCAAUUAUGAUUGCAUAUAACUUAUGCUUUAGUACUUGUUUAGGAAGCAUAAAAGAAGAGUUCUAGGAAGGAGGUAAGAAGAGAUUUGGAGUAGUUGCAACUGACAUUGACUUCGAAUCAUUGCUACAAAAGUAUUAAAACCAAGAAGAAUUGAUGAAACAUAUUUUAAUUACUCCUAAUAAUGUUGCUUUCCUUACAAAAGAUGUUAGGGUAGGUAUAAUACCAUAAAUUUUGAAUGAAUUUCUAAUGACCAGAAUUAUGAUCAAAAAAUCUACUUCACUUUAUGAUAAACACCCUAAAAUACAGAAGUAACAUGGGUUCAGAUAAUUGGCCAUUAAACUAUUUAUGAAUGUGAUGUACGGGUAUUGUGGAGCAUCCUUUUCUGGUAGAAUGCCUUCUGGCGAUAUAGCUGAUUCCGUUGUCGAAUUAGGAAGAACCAUUCUAAACUAAUGUAUAGAAUGCAUAAACACAAAUCCAGCAUGGUAAGCCAAAGUUUUAUAUGGUGAUACAGACAGCUUAUUUGUGAUGCUUCCUGGCAGAACAGUUAAUGAAGCUCUAUUGAUUGGAAAUUAGAUUGCAUAACAUUGUACUAGCUUAUAUCCGCAUCCAAUUGAAUUAAAGUUUGAAAAGGUCUAUUCGGAAGCGUUAUUGGUAGCUAAAAAGAGAUAUGUUGGUAAUAAAUUUGAAAAAGGAGAAUUUUAAUUGGAUGGUAAAGGGCUUGAAAUAAUCAGAAGAGAUGGAUUCCCUGCACUUUAAAAAAUUUAAAAAAAAGCCAUAAAUAUUCUAUUUAAGACUAAAGAUCUGUCUCAACUCAAAUUAUAUAUGUAAAAAUAAUGGGCUAAAAUUCUCCAAGAUCACGUUGAUAUUUAAGAUUACAUCAUGGCAAAAGAAGUCAAAUUAGGAUCAUAUAAGGAAGGGAGACUACCUGCUCAUGCAGUAGUUGCUACUAAAAUUAUGAACUCGGAUCCUAUGCGAAGACCAAAAGGAGGAGAAAGAGUUCCAUAUGUAGUCAUUUAAGCAUAGGGCACAUCCAAACUUGCUGAUUUAGUUGUCAACAUUUAUGAUUUUUAAAGCACUAUGAAAUUGAAUCCACACUACUACAUCAAGUAGAUUAAUGCAGCAGUUGGUAGAUUAUUUGCGUGCUUUGAUAUUGACAUAGCUGAUUGGUACAGUAAUCUUCCAAAAAUGCUUGCGAAAAGAGACCAGUUUAAACAACAUCUCACUUAUAGCAAUGCUCAUUAAACAAAGGCUACUCAAUACACACUAGUUAAAUAUCUUAAUAUACAGUAAUGUUUGCUUUGUGGAGAAGAGUCAAAAUAUGAAUUAUGUAAAUCAUGUAGCCAGGAUGGUAGAACAGCCUUGUUUCUAUUGCAAUACAAACAAAAUCUACUAGAAAUAGAUAAGGCCAAUAUUACUUCGUCAUGUAAAAGCUGCUCGAUUGGGUAUUAGAAUUGCAAAUUGUGGUCGUGCAGUUUACUUUUCAAAAGGGAAAAGCUCAACAAUUAUUUGAAUACUGUAGCAUAGAUGAAUCAAAAAUACCAACAGUUGAUUGAGUUUAUGAGUGAUUAUUGA